AUGCUACACAUUACCCAAAAAAUCGCCGGGGCCUUCUUCACCGCCUCCCUGCUGCAGCCCCAGGCGCUCUCCUGCUUCAGCACCCCCGCCAUGGGGUGCAGAGCGGUGCUGCUGGGUGCGGAGGGGGACGGGGGUGGGGUAGUGGAUGGGGGCAGUGGUGGGGGGGCGAGAGUGGUGGAUCCUGGGGAGUGGAGGAAGGGGGGUGGUAGUGGGGAUGGUGGGUUGGAGGGUGGUGAUUGGCUGAUGGGGGAGUGUGCGCUCAUGCCUCGCAUGCUGGGAGCUUCGUGGAAGCUUCUGAAAACGGAUCACUACAGGGUCUACUUCGAAGGCAUGCCAGAGUUUCACGGCCAGGUGCCUUUCAACCUACCCAGGUGCCUCCCUGCCUCCAUUGCUCUUGCGCAUGUGGGCCAUACGUGGACUUUGUUUCUACUAGUAUGUUCUCAUCACCCCAUGCCCCACCACCCCAUGCUCCCACCACCCCAUGCACCAUCAUCCCAUUCCCCAUCACCCCAUCUCCCAACCAUCUCACGCCCCCGUCAUCAUAACCCCACCACCCGUCCCCCCUGCUUCCCGCAGCGGCUGCGGCGGCACGGGGAUGCAGUGGAGUGGGGGGCGGGGGGCUACUGGCGAGCACACGGGCGCACCGACGACACCAUGAACCUCGGCGGCGUCAAGGUGGGGCUGCGGGUGGCAAGGUGGGGCUGCGGGUGGCAAGGUGGGGCUGCGGGUGGCAAGGUGGGGCUGUGGGUGGCAAGGUGGGGCUGCGGGUGGCAAGGUGGGGCUGUGGGUGGCAAGGUGGGAUCGGUGGAGGUGGAGCGUGUGUGCAACACGGCCCACCCUGCCGUGUCAGAGACAGCAGCCAUUGGCGUUGCGCCACGUGGCGGCGGGCCAGAGGAGCUGGUGGUGGUGGCGGUGAUGCGACGAGGGGGCCGGGUGGGGGAGAGGGGAGAGAGGAGUGAAGGGGAGAAUGGGGCGGAGGAGAGGGUGGUUUCAGAGGAUGAUCUGAGGAAGGUGUUUUCUGCUGCUCUCCAGGCCCACCUGAAUCCGCUCUUCAAGGUGGCAGCAGUGUGGGUGGUGCCGUCGCUCCCCUGCAAUGCAUCCAACAAGGUCAUGCGCCGCGUGUUGCGAGACCUCUUCACCCACCGCCAUCGCACCAUGCCUGCCACCACACCCCCCACUCGGGGUCUUGUUGGAAUCGCAGGCCGAGCUACCUCUCGCCUUUAA